AUGCAUUUCAAUGUAUUUGUAGAAGGAGAGUUUAACAAUGUCAAGGGAGUUUUUAUUGAUCAGUCGUACCCGGUGAAGAUUCGAUGCACUAACUGUGGAGCACUUCAUGAAAAAGCAGUUGUAUUAUCUGAAGACAGCAUCGGAGAAGGAGAUUUCAAGGACAAAGUCAACCUUAGUGUGGCCUGCAGGUCCUGUAGGAGAACUAUGACACUGAAGAUUUUAAAGUUGAAGGAGGCAAAGAAGCAUUUGCUCCCAACCAAAUUUGAGGACGAGUUUAAAGAGGUGUGGCUUACAGAUAUGGAGAAAAAUAGGUUUUUGGUGUCUAGAGUUCAAACCAAUGGAGCCGAGGUGGUGUCUAUCGACUCCUGUACUCUUAAUCUGGUUUCUAAUCAAGACGUUCUGUUUACAAAUGUGAACUUUGAAGAAAAUACCGUGGCCAAAUGCAGUAGCCUCAACAUGAUAUCUUCCAUUACUCUUUUUUCCCUCACAGUCGAACUUACUAAAUAA